AUAAGAGAGAGAAGAGGAAAAGGAGAGAGGAGAAGGAAGGAAGAAGAAGGAAGGAAGGGGACAAUACGAUCAUGCUGUGCUGUAUGAGAAGAACAAAACAGGUUGAAAAAAAUGAGGACGGAGACCAAAAGAUCGAGCAAGAUGGCAUCAAACCAGAAGAUAAAGCUCAUAAGGCAGCCACCAAAAUCCAGGCCAGCUUCCGCGGACACAUAACAAGGAAAAAGCUCAAGGGGGAGAAGAAGGGAGAUGCCCCGGCAUCCGAGGCCGAUGCCAGCGACAAGAAGGAGGAAGGCCCCGCCGGCGGAGCAGCCGAGAACAAAGAGAGCGAGGCUCCCGCUGCCACAGAAGCGGCCGCUGCUGACAGCGCCCAGCUGGAGGAGGGCAGCAAAGGCAGCAGCGCACCAGCCGAGGAGAAAAAAGGGGACGGAGGCGCCGAGACGAGCUCAGAGAAGCCAGCCCCACAGGCUGCCACUCCUGCUGCCUCCUCCUCCUCGGACGAGAAGCCCGCUGCUGCCGCUCCCGCCGAAACGGAAAGUGCCACUAAAGCUUCCGCUGAUAACUCGCCAUCCUUGAAGGCUGAUGAAGCCCAAGACAAAGAGGAGCCUAAACAAGCCGAUGUGCCUGCUGCUGACACCACUGCCACCGCCACCCCUGCCGCAGAGGAUGCUACUGCCAAGGCAACAGCGCAACCCCAAAUGGAGACAGUGGAGAGCAGCCAAACCGAAGAGAAGACAGAUGCUGUAGAAGAAACCAAACCUACUGAAAGUGCCCAGCAGGAAGAGGUGAAAGAAGAAGAGAGCAAGGCGGACCAAGAAAAUGCCUGAACAUUAAGAAAUGACUCCCCAUUGCCCCUCCCUCCCUCCCCCUAUCCUCUAUCCUUCCUUCCCACCCCAAUCUUGAUCUCCCCCUUCCUGCUCACAUCUGUGAGCCUGUCCAUCCCUCUCCCAUUCCCACUUAAACCCUUUUUCUCUCUGUGUGGCAAACAUUUAAAGAAAAAAAAAAAAAAAAAGCAGGAAAAAUCCCAGUCAAACAGUGUGGCUUAAACAUUUCUUUGUUUCUUGGUGUUGUUAUGGCGAGUUUUUUGGUAAUGAUGAUCCAAUCAUUUUGGGAAAAUUCUUGCACUGUAUCAGAGUUCUUUGACCUGGCGCGUGCGUGUGUCUGUCUGCCCACCACGAGCGCUCUCUCUCUCUCUCUCUCUCUCCUCUCUCUCUUCUUCAAGUGUGUGUGUGUGCAAUGUUACGUUCAUCCGAGGAGUCCAGACUUUACUGAGUGAGUUAAAAAAAGAGGGGGAAAAAAAAUAAAUUACUUUUCUUCCUUUUUCAAUGUGAUGGAAUGAACGAAAGAAAAAAAGAAAAAAAAAAAAAGACCAAACCCAACGAACAAAUGAAUGAAAAAUAUUACUAAACCCCAGUUUGUUUUCAGAACUAAAUCAAAAACAACAACAAAAAAAAUGUGCCAAUUAGCAUAAUGCUUGGCUCCAGGCUCCUUUUUCAAACUGAACAAUAAUUAUAAUAAAUGAGAAUAAUGAUCAUUAA